AAUAAAACAACACCACUGCAAGCUUAAAUAUGGUCAGCAGUCAUAGAAAGUAUACAUAGACAGCUGUGGCCUAAAAAAAACCUGUAGAACUGAAAAUAAUUAUGCAAAUUCAAUUUCCAUUACCUGAUAUGCAGGGGAUUUUGUGAAAGAAAUAGUCCAAAAUUUGCUAAGCCCGAAAAUAACCUCAUCCGAUCGUCCCUUCCACAGAGAGAAAAUGGGCUCUCACCUCCUGGUGGAGACUUCAAGAAACCCAGAAUGCCCCAAGGUGGCAGCGGUGAGCACCAUUGUGAACCGGGGCACUCCCCUAAAGGCCUAUGUGUUCAGGAACUACAACCUGCUGCCCGGGGUGCGCUCUCACUACCUGGGGGGCUGCCAGCACCAGCUGUGGCAGGCUAUCCGUGCUACGUCAGCAGCCCCUGGGUAUUUCCAGGAGUUCACCUUGGGAAAUGAUCUCCACCAGACUGGAAUGAAAAUCUGACGGAGCCAGAUUCAGACUGGUAACACAGGGGAAAUUGUAACUUGGAGCAAGACCUUUGAAGCACAGCAACCGUGGUUUUAUCAAAGCCUCACACUUGCUACCAUAGCCAUGAAGAGGGUGCCUUAGUGAGGGGCAACAAGGGGAAAAGAGCGGAGAAAAACAGAGGAGAUGAAAGAAGAGAGGUUACACAUAAAAGCGCUCUCAGUUAUCUCAGCGCUAAAGAACACAAGUAGAAGUCUUCAGAUGUUUUACAAUGGAUGCCAGGGCAUGAGUGGAAUGGCGAGGAGGACCCAUUUUUUUCCGCCUAGUUGUCGUGGUGUCUCCCGAGGCAAUGGGGAGGAAUGGGAGCAUGUUUUGUGCCCACCUCUGCCAGCAUUUGAUAGGAGGCAUGGAAUCAGUGGGCCACCCCCCCCAGUGCAGGCUAUUAAGAGCCCCAACAUGGCACAACACUCAACAGAAAGACAUCACACAGUCUCAAACGGAGUAGGUCACAUCAUCACUACUAAAUCACAUAAAUAAGCCAAAGAAGUCAUUAAAUGUGGCAGCAUUGACUAAAGAACUCAAGACAGUUUGAUUCUGUGUGAGAAAAGUGGAGGAAGAGGCAUAGGGUCUCACAUAAUUAUGUGCCAUUCCAAAAGUGCAGUUCAAGAAAUCAUAACCUUUUGGAUCACCUUUUUCGCUUCUCUUUUUUUUUCCCUUGUAAAGGCCACUGGAGGUGACGUUAAUGGUCAUAAAGUACAUGCUCAGCACCGCAGUGCUUCUCAGACAAGGCAGAGAGGAGGAGAGAUGGAGGAUUCAGGGAGGCGACAGUAUAAAUCUGAGCUUUUAGCCACUUCCUCUCCUCCCGUGUUAAGCCUUGAUAACUCGGCCUGGAGGCUGUUGGAGGAUAGAGCUCAGACUAGUGAGCACUGCUGCAGACAGCUUCCUGCUCCCAGACAGACUCGGGAUCAUUGUCUCUUGAGUAUAAAUGCGCACACAUGGAUUCUCUCAUAGUCACUUUACCUCUGUUUCAUCCACUUACUACUCUUUUUGUUCUGUUAUAUACA